ACUUGUCGCUGUGACGGUUACGUAUAAAUACGAAUUCAAACGACGGUUUACUGUUUACAAGUUGUGGCAAUUUUUAUUAAUUAACACUAAUAUUGUGACUAAUCAUAUAAAUGUGACAUCGUGAAACCGUUAUAACGUAUUUGUGGUGCAGACUAAUUUGAGUUUUGAGGACGCCAAGUGUUUUCUAUGAUACAAAUUUUGGACAGCGUCGGUAAAAAUGGUGAAAAUAGAUCGAGAUCGGCCGACUGUGGGUCUUGUACCUUCGCAGAACGGUUCCACGCAGAAUAUGGCAGCUAAUAUAAAAGUUGUGGUAAGGGUGCGGCCCUUGAACGAGAAGGAACUUGAACAAAACGGUCGUAUUGUCGUCGACGUCGUUGACGAGAAAAUGCUGGUGUUUGAUCCCAAGGAGGAAAUACGACCGUUUUUCUACCAAGGAGUUCAGCAACCGAAUAAGAAUUACUUGAAACGCGCCAACAAGGAGUUAAAAUUUGUUUUUGAUAAUGUUUGUAGUCAGAGUGCAACUAAUAGGGAUGUGUUUGAAACCACCACGAAGGAUAUUCUGACCUCACUGAUGGAGGGUUACAACUGUUCUGUGUUCGUCUAUGGAGCCACUGGUGCAGGGAAGACCUUUACUAUGAUUGGCAAUAAUGAACAUCCCGGUAUAACAUACCUGACUAUGGAGCAUCUCUUCUAUAUUAUGAAUUCAUAUGAAAAAGAGCGAGAGUUUGAUAUAGGUGUCUCAUAUAUUGAAGUGUAUAAUGAAAAUGUGUUUGAUCUAUUGAAACCUUCAAACACACCACUACAACUAAGAGAAGACUCAAAAUAUGGUGUGAUGGUAGCUGGUCUCACACUGAACAAUAUUAAAACGGCCAGGGAACUGCUUAACAUGUUGGAGAACGGCAACAAGAACAGAACACAGCAUCCUACAGAUGCAAAUGCUGAGAGUUCCAGGAGCCAUGCUGUAUUCCAGGUCUACGUUAAAAUGCGUUACAAGACCAGCAGUCAGUUACGUCUCGUCAAGUUGUCAAUGAUAGAUCUAGCUGGCAGCGAGCGGGCCUCUGCGACUGGGUGUGUCGGCGAACGUUUUAAAGAAGGUGCCAACAUUAACAAAAGUUUGCUGUCACUCGGCAAUUGCAUAAACAGGCUUGCAGAUGGCAGUAGAUAUAUACCAUACAGAGACUCGAAACUGACACGCCUCCUAAAAGAUAGUCUUGGUGGUAACUGCAAGACUGUAAUGAUUGCUAAUGUGUCACCUGCACAUAUCAGUUAUGAAGAUACAUAUAACACUCUAAAAUAUGCAGCGAGAGCUAACAAGAUACAACUGAGCAUCAAGAAGAAUAUUGUGGACGGUGAUAUGAGGUUGUCGCAAUAUGUCAAGAUCAUUGAUGAAUUGAAGAAGAAGGUGAAGGAGUUGGAAGCUAAGCUGUCAUUGUCAAGUGUCAAACAGGUGGUUCGGGAGCCAGAUGCAAUGAAAGAAAAAGCGCGCCUGGAGUGGAGGCGGCGGUUGUCGGAAGCCGAGAAGAUAGUAUGCGCUGCGGAGAGUUCGUUGCUGUCGUUGCUGAGUCGGCAGCGCGUUCUGGCGCUCCGCCGCCGUUUACGGGCGCGCGCGUUCGACCACGUGGCCCGUCUCGCGCACAGAUCCUCCUGCGACACCCUCGACCAGAUGUGCAGUGAAGAUAUACCUCGGCAGGAGCGUGCAGCGGAGAAUUACAUGAAGCAAUCGGCCAAUCUUGAUUCCAAAGUAUUAGUUGCUUGGACAAAUUGGGUCGAAAAUAAGAAGAAUUUGGAGCAGUUAUGUAGCCAAGCACUAUCUGAAUACCCAGAACUGACUGAUUAUGUAGACAAAAUAAAGAUGCAAAGUGAAAUCAGACAUGUCAAAGCAAGAGACGAUAUGAGAUACAAAUUAUUGUGCAUAGAAAAUGAUGAGAUAAAUGCCUUCACUGAAUACAUGAGUGACAUGCCCAGUAUGCUAAAAAAAUUGUAUUUGACCUUAAAAGGAUAUGAUAAGGCACCGCCAGCGCUAACCGCUGAGUAUUUAGAGAUUAUGAAGAAAGCAAAACAGGCUAAAGGAAUCUCGUGGUCUGAUAAAGAAACAGAAGGUGAUUCUCAUUUCAAAUUUAUAGCAAAUUUAGAUUUAGACAAACCAUCGACAUCUCUAGAGUAUAAUUAUCCUAAUAAUGAUGACGUAAACGCAACCAUAGAUAUAGUGACUGACAGUGAAGAUUUGACCGAUGUUGAAAAUAAAGAACCAGUUAGGAUAUGCGCAAUUAAACGUAAAGGCACUCCUAUAAAACUAGCGAACAAUGAAACUAUUGUUAUUAACGAUUCCUUUGAGAAUUUAGAUAUAACAAGAAAUUUAAAUUCUGCUAAAAAAGUUAAAAGGGAGUAUGAAAUUGCGUCUGAAACGGAGAAUUAUAUUGACCCUAAAGACUUGAAUUCGACAUUCGUUCUGGGUGGUAAGAUGGAGCCGCUCCAGAAAGUGAAACCUGAGAAGAUAGAACAGAAGGUGGAAGUGAAAAGAGGACUUUCUGACAGGACUAACACAAUACAAAGGACUGUAACAUUCAAUGACAAAGCCAAAAUAGUGAAGCCUGUGGUAGGCAAAGCGCUACCAUUACGUCGUCCGCCGACCGCCGGCUUCGGGUCCAGCCUCUCCCGCGAUGGUACUCCGUUGCAGAGAAACAUACAAGACCAAAACCGUCUAAAGACGAAUGGCAAUGAAAGAUCAGUUGGUUAUAAAGCAGUGAGGGCGCGCGAACGAAUGCAGACACACCCGUACUCCAGGCCUGUCGGGCUGCAGCACAGGAAGUGAUCUUUGUAACCGGCAUGGAUACUUCAACGGAUGGUGUGGGCAGCUGUUUAUAUAAAAAUACGUCUUUAAAAACGUCAAAGGCCAUUAAUAAGAGAAUAUUAGGUUAUAUUAAAGUUACAACCAUAUGUAUAACUAGCUGACCCAGCAACUUCGUCUGCGAGACACUUACUUGACAUUUAUUAUUACAUUUCACCCAAUUUUUAAAUAUCUUUUUAAAUUACAGCCUGUGUUAUUCUGAUGUAUCAGCUACCUUAUUGUAAAGUUGCAUUAAAAUCCAGUCAGUAGUUUUCGCGUGAAAGAGUAACAAACAUUCAUCAAUCCAUCAAAUUUUCGCGUUUAUAAUAUAAGUAAUAUUUGCAGGACAUUGCAAUUUUAAUUUAUAAAUUUGGGUUUCAUAUUUAAAUGUGAUACCACAUUUAUACAACAAAAACAUUAGAAAAGAACAGUCAUAUAUGCGUAUAAAAUGUGUUGUAAACAUAGUGUUUACAACUAGUUUUAUACAUUUGAAACAUAUAUAGAACACGAGUUUUGUAUGUGAAUAUGUCACAAGUGUUUAUACCCAAAUGCUUGUCCCAUUAUGUCUAUGAUUUUUGUAGAAAUGGC